AUCGCCGUGAAUUUUGGAUUGUCUUGAUCAUUUUAUCGAAAUCCGUGGAUAGAAACACAUUAAUUUUAUUUGAACGUUAGGCUUUUUGUUCUUAUUUACGCGCACAAGAAAAACGAUUAAGAUUGUUAAUUUAUUUUUAAUCGCGUAGUAUUUUGGAUUGAAAUUUGUUAUAAGACGCCUGUUUGAAAUAGAUCAAGUCGUCGUCGUUGUGGUCUCUUAAAAUAAUGACAACUGUUCAAGAACGAAGAAAAUCAUUUGCAAGAAGAGCAGAAAGCCUCUUGGAAAGGGUGAGAACUUUAAACACAAUAUACGAGAAAUAUCUGGUAAGCACUGAUAAAAGCGGAGAGUUGACUGUUACUGUUCAGGGCGAUUUAACACAACAAGAAAAGAGAGCAGUAUUUAUAACAGUCCAUGAUCUAGGAUGUAACCAUAAUUCUUUUCAAGAAUUUGUCAACAGCCCUUGUAUGACAGAAAUCAAAGAGAGAUCAUGUUUUAUUCACAUUGAUGUCCCAGGUCAUGCUGAUGGAGCUGAAGCACUUCCAGAUUCUUUUCAGUUUCCAUCCUUACAAACUCUUGGUGAAGACUUAGUUACGGUAUUGGACUUCUUACAUGUAAAAUAUGUUAUUGGAUUGGGUGAAGGUGCUGGAGCAAAUGUGUUAGCUCGCUUUGGAUUAGCUCAUCCUUCAAGACUAUUGGGCUUAAUUUUAAUCAACUGCACAGGAAGUGCUGCUUCUGUAUUACAAUCCUUUAAAACAAAGUUUAUUACCUGGAAAAAUGAUGAAGUAGCUCAGUCUGCUGAAAGCUUCUUACUAUAUCAUAAAUUUGGACAUCAAUUUGUUGGUGAUAAUCCAGACAAAGACAAAAUUGUAGCUGAGUAUCAAAAGAGAUUAAGAAGUUCACUAAACAGUAAAAAUAUUGGCCAAUAUGUUAAAGCAUUUAUGAAUCGCAAAGAUUUGUCUUUAAGAGAUUGCAGAGUUGAUCUUAUACUAAUUACUGGUAUGCUAAGUCCCUAUGCCCAAAUGGUGGAGAAGCUUCAUCGUGAUGUUGAAAAGGAAAAAGUUACAAUGUUGAAAAUUGAACGAGCGGGAGAUGUUCUUGCUGAUGCGCCUGCUAAGGUGGCUCAAUCAAUAUUGCUCUUUUGUAAAGGAGUGGGUUUACUUACAUCUGUCAUUAUGCCUGGUGUGGAUCGAUCAAGGGCAUAUUCCACUACCUCUGGGGGAUCCACUGAAGGCACAAAUGGCAAUCGUAAGCAGCUAUCUCGUGGAAUAUCCAUGGAGGAAUACGACAAACCAAAUAUCCGUCGUCUUAGUGUCACCGUCAAUAAUGACCUUCCGCCAAUAAGAAAGUAAUUAAAUGUUAAAAAAAUAUGCCUACAUAGCCAAAAAUAUACUUACCCAUAUACUUAAAAGACAUUUAUCUUAUUGAUGCCAAAUUAUGAAAACUUAUAUCAAAAAUAAUGUUAGUGAAUCUUAUAAAAAAAUAUACUUCCAAGUUUCGAACAUA